AUGGACCGAAAGAGAAACCUCUCCCUCGGUGCCCGCUUCUCCGGCAAGGCGAGGACGUUGUCGCAGGAUGAGCAGCCGCCAUUCUAUACAAAGUCCGACACGACGCCUGCUCCGUCUACAUCCUCACAAGAUUCCAAGAAACUCGAGGCACAUGGCGGCAAUGAAGGCGUCGUCGGCCAGAGAUCAUACUACCCUCGCGAGAGAGACACAAUGAACCGCGGGAAGAAGGGGCUGGUGACUGGCGGCCGGGAGAGUGGGCAUCAUCGGAUACGGGUGCCUCCUGAGUCUUAUUCUUACUAUUGA